AUGUUCCUUCCGUAUUUGGGUGUCUCUGUGUUUGUCUGCAUGGUGGUAACAAAAAUGGUAGAUCAGCAAACUUCAAAAUGGAAGGCGGUUGCCAGUCUCUGUACUGAUGUCGCAUGUGCCUGCGUUUGUCCCCACCAACAGCGUUUUCAUCAGGCCCUGUCAUCUACGCCCCUAUCGCCUCCACCUACAACCAAUGUUGCUUCACCAUCGAUUCCCUUAACAUCAGUAGCACUUGUUUCUGCAAACAAUUCUGGACAGAAAACAGAAGAGAAUACAGUUGAUGUGGUAAAAGACAGCGAGGAUCUCCGACCACUAACAUCAUUGGCUUCUUUCUCUAAAGUCGAUGAC